AUAUGUGUCCGAACUCCGAAGGCGAAGGGCUCAAUUUUCAAAUUGAAUUCCAAUGCUCCUUCCACCGCUUCCUCGCUCUUCUCCUUCUCCUUCUCCAUCGCCAUUAAUUCCUGGUCGGUCCCUUCGAAGAGCGCCUUUGCUGUGAGAUCCGAGCUCGAGCACCGCUGCCAUGGCGAUGGCGGCCACCAUCGAGGACCUCCACGAGGACGUGCUCGCCCUCGUCCUCCGCCGCCUCGACGGGCCCUCGCUCGCCGCGGCCAGCUGCGCCAGCGCGCGCCUCCGCGGCCUCUCCGGCGACCCCGCCAUUUGGCGCGACCUCUGCCUCGCCACGUGGCCCUCCCUCCGCCUCCUCCCCCUCCCCCUCCCCCUCCCCCCGCCCCAGUCCCUCUUCUCCGACGCGUUCCCCUUCCCCCGGUGCCGCGCGCAGGCGCAGGCGCAGGGGCAGUCGCCGCCCCGGGGGGUCCCUCCCCGGCCCCUCCGCGGCCUCAUCUCCGCCGUCGACCUCUACCACCGGGGCGCCCCGGUCUUCUCGCGCGUCCUCGAGACCCGCGCCGCCUCCCCCUGGUUCCUCGGCUCCCCCUUCCGCAUCGACGCGCUCGACCCCAAGCACGAGGCGCCCUCGGCGGCGGCGAUCUCGAUCUCGCCCGGGGAGCUGACCCUGAGCUGGAUCGUGAUCGACCCGGCUCGCGGGCGCGCGGUGAACCUGUCGAGCCGGAGGCCGGUCCGCGUGGACCGGCACUGGUUCACGGGGGAGACCCUGGUCCGGUUCGCCACGGUGGUGCGCGAGUUCUCCGUGACGGCGGCGGUCACGUGCGGCGAGGGGGAGGAUCCGGUGCGCGAGGUGAGCCUGGUGGUGGAGGACGCGGACGGGAUCGGGGUGAGCGGCGGAGAGAGCCUGGGGAUCAUCGGGGAAGCGCUCGAGGGAGCGAGGAGAGGAAGAGGAAGAGGCGAGGAGGAGGCGAACAGGAGAUACGACGAGUUCAUGAGGAGGCGGAAGAGGAGGAAGGAGAGCAAAGCCAGAAGGGAGGGCUUGGUCGACUUCCUCUGCACCGCCGUUGGGGCCGCCGUUUCCUUGGCUUUCUUGCUCCUCGUGGCCCUCGGCUGAACCCGAAUCCGAACCCGAAUUCGACCCGGACCCGGACCAGGAGGGUAAAGUUGCUACCGGGGCUCUUUUUUUUUUUUUUAAUCUUCAAGUUCACCCUCUCUGUCUCUCUCUCUCUCUCUCUCUCUCUCUCUGUGAAAAGAAGGCGGUGUAUAGCUUUGCUUCUCCCUUUUUUCCUUUUUCCUUUUCUUUUCGGCUUAAGUUUAAUAAAUAACGGAUGAUGAUAUUGUACCUAACUGAAAUAUCUAUUAGCUAGAA